AGUAAUAAUUUCCCAGAGAUUGUGUAUUUCACUUAAAUAUUUUGAAUUUAGAAAUAAAUUUUUGUAUUUAAAAUUUAUAUGAGCAUUUUAUUAUAACCCCAGUAUAUAGCUAUUAAAGACUAUAUUUUAUUUUUGUUUAGGUAGAAAUAUAGAGUGAUAAUUGUGACGUUUCCCACAAAUAAAACUGAAUCAGGGAAAUACUUAGAUUUGAAGUUGCACGAGUGAUGCCCUUUAACUAAGAUUACCUCACAUCCAUUUUGUAACGAACUUAGACUGAUUGUUUUCUUGACUGUUCAGUUAUAUAUGGGCUCACUCUUACCUUUAGAGUAUUCAGUCGUUUAGUAUUUGUGAUGAAGGGUCAGGUGUCUGGCUGUAGUGAGGUAAGUAACAACCAGGUACUUGAACAAACUGUGCCCUAAGUACAAAUGGUGUCCCAGACCCAGAAAUAAAAGGGUCUCUUGUACUAGCAAGUACAGUGUAGUAACCAAAUACUUGGCAAUUUGGGUUAACAAAUAUUAAUGGUGUCCAGACACAGAUCUUUGACUAUUUCGUGCACCAAGUAUUAAUGGUAUCCAGACUCAGAUACUCUGCCCACUUCAUCACAAGUAUUAAUGGUGCCCAGAGACCCGGGAUAUUUGGCACUUUAUGUACCAAGUAUCAAUGAUCCCCAGAAACCAGGGAGGAAAACAAAUCACAUUAUCACUCUAGCUUAUACUGGUGGUUUUAGGAAUAUAUUUUGUCAGAAGAGUGACCAUUUAUUUGUUUUUGCAUUUUAUUGUAAGAAUUGUAUUUGAGAAAAAUGGCUCCAUUCGAUACUCAGGAAUUUUUAGCAGCCCCUUCCAUCCAAGUGUUGUCUGAAACUACUCUGACUAAGGCACAGUGGAGUGCUCUAGCAGUAGCAUGUGGUUGUCAUGUGUCUAGUAGCAUGAUAAAAGCACAAAUCAAAUGCAUUGCCAUGCAAGCAUUGAUAGACUCUGGUAGAAUAACUGAUGAUGAUGAGUUAGAACUGGCUCAAGAGUUGUUGAAUGUAGCACAGGCUGAUCUUAUAAAUAAGCAAGUAGAAAAGAAAGAGAAAAGUGAUGCAGAGUUAGAACUCAGACGCAUAGAAGCAGAAGAAAGUUUGAUUAAGCUGAAAAUACAGGCUGAAAGAGAGAGGAUACAAGCUGAAAAAGACAGAAUAGACAGGGGAAAACAAGAAAGAAGAGAAAGAGAAGAAGAAAAAGUAGCAGAAGACGAAAGGCAAAGGAUAAAAGAGGAAAGAGAAAUUGCAAGACAUGAAAGGGAGAUGGAAUUGAUAAGAGCUAGAUCCACUUUACCUGCAACACCGUCUAACCCUAACCAUGGUAAUCAAGACCCUGCAUUUGAUGUAGUAAGAGUGCAGAAGUUAAUCCCUAAGUUUACUGAAGAGGCUCCAGAUGAGUUCUUUGAUCACUUUGAGAAUGUGGCUUCAGGUAUGGGUUGGCCAGAAGAUAAAUGGUCAGUUUUGCUGCAAAGUGUCUUGAUUGGUAAAGGGAGAAGUGCCUAUCUAGCCUUAACAGCUGAUCAGUGUAAAGACUAUAAGGUGCUCAAACAUAAUGUGCUACAAGUAUACCAGUUGACCCCAGAGUACUACAAUGAAAGAUUCAGAAACUUAAGGAAGGAUGAAAAAGUAACUUUCUUGGAUUAUGCUUAUAAAGUGAGAAGGUGUUUUUAAAGAUGGUUGGAGGCAGCUAAAGUUACAACUUUUGAAGAGUUAGUUGUUUUAGAGCAAUAUUUUAAAGGUAUUCCUGAGCAUAUAAGA